AUGACCCUGCCAUCGAACAGUGGAGCGGCGGCGGCGGCCGACGACGACUCGGACAUGUUCGGGCCGCCCCACUCGUCGCCCCCGAUCCGCCGCAACCGACCGAAGGUGCCGAUGAUCUCGCCGCAGCUGAAGCAGCGCGAGGUGCGCAAGCGGAUCCUGCAGCUGUGCGUGCACAAGCUCGAGCGCAUCAAGGACUCGGAGCGCAACCUGCGCCGCUCCGUGUGCAUCAACAACACGUACUCGCGCCUGACCGACGACAUACGGCGCGAGAAGCAGCACAAGCUCCUGAUGCUCUCCAAUCUGGCCAGAAGCAGUGACAGUAGCAGAAAGCAGUACGACGAUGAGGACGCAUCGGAGUCGGAUUGCAUGAAUAACAACUAUGCCAACGCGAGCCUCAGCAGCAGCAAUGGCAGCGGCAACAACCAUCACCACCUGCACCACCACCACAACCACCAUCAUCACCACCAUCGCGACGAGCUGGGAGAGUUCGUGCAUAACAAUGAAAAUCUGAACAACAACUGUCAGUUGCAGCAUAAUCACAACCUGUCCUCCUCGCCCGCCCCCUCCUCGCUACAUCACCUGCACCACCACCACCACCACCACAACCACCAUCACGGAGGGCAGCAGCAGCAGCAACACCAGCGAUUGGUGGCCUCUCCGUCGUCGGGUCUCAGCAGCAGCGGCAGCAGCAGCGGGCACAACGAGCUCGGCUCGGAUUCAUCAAUUGCCGCCUCCUCCACCUCGUCCUCCUCGUCGCCAUUGGUCGCGCAAACGACGCCAAGCGAAGCGGACCGCCAGCGAAAGUCUUCGUCCGUCGAGACCGACCUGGAGACGCUCGACCGGGAGCUGUGUGCGCUGGACGCGGCGAUGCCCCUCGUCGAUCCGGAAAUAACGCAAGGGGCCGAGCAGCUCGAGCAGGCGAUGGUGUCGCGCAAGCGGAAGUUUGCGUCGAUGGACGACGACGACAGUGACCGGCUGGUGCGGGAGGCCCUCUCCCAGACAUGCUUCCCGGCCGGCGGUGGCCGUCUGCUGACCGGCAUCGACGACUGUCCUGCUGCGGUCCCGCCAUCAUCAUCCAGCCCGCUCUCGUCGUCGUCGUCGUCGUCGGCGGAGCUCAUCGGUCUGUGCAAGCGGCCCCGAAUCGGGGAUCUGCUCGAGCACCCGUUCGCCGCCAGUCCGUUCCUGCACCCGUUCCACUCGCUGCCGGAUCUGGCGGUCGGGUUCGACUACCAGGUGGCGCACCACCACCAGAAGGAGUUCGAGGUCAUCAUGGAUGCGCUCCGGCUGGGCGUCAGCAAUGGCGGUGCGAUGGCGGCGGCCGCCGUCGUGGCCGCUACGUCGGCGGCCGGAGCAGCGGCGGCGGCGGCAGCGGCAGCCGCCGCAGCAGCAGCCACCGGGAACGCCACGGGCACGGCCGCCAUGGGGUGCGGUGUUGGAGCGACCGCUACCGGUCACCAGAGUGGCCACGGUGUGGCCUCGGUAGCGGCCGCCAGUGGAACCGCCUCCCCAACACCGACCACCGCCAUCGAUUCCUGUGGCCAGGCCGCCAUGCUGAUGGGCACCGACGGUGGGGCCAGCGUGUUCCACAAUCUCGUCGUUACGUCGCUGGAAACUUGA